AUGGUACCACGUUCCUCGUUCGUGGUUGGAACCAACCGGAAAUCUAUUGGUUGUGUUCGAAGAAUUGGGCGGAGAUCCGAGUGGAAUCUUUUUGACCAAAAGCAUCUAUCAUGUGGCCCUGGACAGAAAAUUUCAUCAAUCAAAUUCGCUAGCUUUGGUACUCUAGUAGGGUCUUGUGGAAACUUUCAUGAAGGAAGCUGCCAUGCUCACAAGUCUUAUAAUGCUUUGGAAAAGAAUUGUGUUGGACAGAACUCGUGCAAGGUAACCGUGUCGCCUGAAAAUUUUGGAGGAGAUCCGUGUCCAAAUGUCUUGAAGAAACUCUCGGUUGAGGCCAUUUGUACCUGA